AUGGCAACAGGGCCCAUCACGGUGGGGAAGCACCUGCUGCAGCCCGGCCCCGCCUUCCUGACAGGAGCCUUCAACAGCUGCACCGAGUACAAGCGGUUCCUGUGCACCUGCUCUGGGCUGGAGGAACUCCAGAUGAGAAGCCCUCGCUCGCUGCCCUACCUCCUCCUGCUGCCGCUGGGCGCCUGCUUUCCCCUGCUGGACAGAAGGGCUCCCCUGGACACGGGGGGCGGCGGCGGAGCCGGGAGGAGCUGGGCCCACCUUGCCGAGGGGCCCCGCUCCCACUUGGCCCGGGGCACCCCCCGGGGGCCGAGGGCGCCAGCGCCACCGGCCCUGCUUGUCCUAGCCAGGCAGCUGCAGACGUGGGGCCAGGAGCACACCGGCUUCCACUUCCGCUUCGGGCGGGAGGUCGAGGGCACCGACGCCGACGGCGGCGACAAGGCUGCUGGACUGCUGGGGAGCCUGGCGGAGGAGCUGGGCGGCUACAGCAGGAAGAAGGGCGGCUUCAGCUUCCGCUUCGGCCGGCGGUGA